AAGUAUGAAUUACCUCUUGCUUCGUAUUUGGAGAGAUUGCCUUGAUAAUGUGCCAAACUCUAGGUUUAGGGCAUGGAAUUUACAUCUUUCCCUGCUUGAAUUGCAAAGUUGAAAGCUCAAACUAUGGCAUUUUCUUGUGGACCAUCAAGAAGAACGUGAAUGGUUCUUGGAAAUUUCCCAUUAAACAGAAAAUAAGCAUGAGCCCUAGUUCAUACUUCCCUAUAGGCAGAAAGGCCAGAGAUCUUUUAUACAAGGAUUAUAUCCGGAGACAAGCACUUCAUUUUCACUCUCAGAGCUUCGACUGGAGUUUUGAUGUCUCCUGUCAAGUUGAAGAGAUUUUACCGGGACUCAAGUCAAUUUUCAGAGUUGUUGUUCCGGAUUCUGGAAAGGCGGAAUUGGAGUACUUGAAUGAUUAUGUAGGAAUUGGGGCCGAAGUAGGGAUAAAGGCAAAUUCCUCUGGAGAACUUUAUCCGAUUGUGAACUUCUCUGGUGUGAUUGGGAGCAGUCUUGUAUCUCUUGGGGCUGAUCUUGGCUUUGACAUAGCAACAGGGACACUCAACAAAUUCAAUGCCGGUUUGAGCUUCAACAGUGCCUUUCUUAUUGCUUCCUUGACCUUGGACAACAGAUUGGAUAAGCUAAGAGUUUCAUGCUACCGGCUUUUGAAUCCCCUCACUAGUACUGCCAUUGCAGCCGAAUUGAAGCACAGUUUCUCAGAAAAUAAAACCACGGUUAGUUUGGGUGCUCAGCAUGCACUGUUCCCUUCUACCCUAGUGAAGGCUCAGGUGAACUCCAGUGGGAGUGUAGGUGCUGUUAUUCGGCAAGCAUUAUGGCAGAAGUUCUUGGUAGGUAUUGCUGGGGAGGUAGAUUUCAGUGACACAAACAGCAUUCCGAGAAUCGGAUUUUCAAUGGCCCUCAGACCCUAGAACAAGACCAGAGAUAAAUCUUAAGAGAUGGUGCUUCUGUCAAAAACUACAGUACUUGUGUUCCUUUCCUGAAUCCAGGUUUUUCUGUAAUGGGAGAAUUAUUCAGACUACGUUGCAAGGAUUUCAUAGAAAUUAGCGAACAAAGUGAGGGAAAGCGUUUACAAUUUCCUUAAAUCAGGGAUAAAUAAUGCAAUGCUUGAAGU